AGCUGGGUUCCGGCCUGGGAUUUGAGUAUGUGUCCCCUUGCCCCUUCUAUUUUCGCCCGAGUAUAAGUAAUGCCCUUUGACCAUAUUGUUCCAUCACGACUCUGGAACCUUCAAACAACAGAUCAGUAGGCCAUCAUCAUAACCGGCCAUGGCUCCUCACCCUCAAUUCUUCGUUGUCAGACCCGACAUUAAUAGAGAAACCAGCCAGGGGCAAGCUCACGCAAUCCCAGGCCCGAUCGUGCCCGUAAUUGCGGUCGAUGAGCUACCGGAAUGGCUCGACAUCGUGGGAGUCCCACGGGAGCUCUCUGUUGAGCAGACCAUAGGCCUAUACAACCUGGGUACUGCCAGUAAGAGCAAGGGUUCCUACACCGUCAGAAUCAUUCGGCAGACUCAGUUUGAUACCAAGCCCUCGUUGGCGGCGGCAGAAACGGCUGCGGCGGUUGAGGUUCAUUCGGCGCCAGCGGAAGCACGCGGACAACAAGGAGGCAUCUCCCACCUUCCAACUCCCCCAGCUCCUGAAGCCCGCAUCGUAUCACCGCCACGUAUCGACUCGGCAGCAGCACCGGCAGCGUCAGCUCCCACAGCACAUCCAGCCGAGCGGGUGAAAGCCCACUGGAGUAAAGCCCCCAGCCACAGCAUGCGCAAGGGCAUCAGCAGCGACGAUGAUAACCACCAUCACCGCAACGGCCCUACCGCUACUACUCGCACCUCCAGAGACAACGACGACAACUUGAAUACAACCCCAUAUGCAACUACCCCCUCUCCGUCUCCGUCUCCGUCCAUGCUUUCCCCCGCUGCUCAAGGUCAAACACUCACCCACCGUGACCCACAACCACUGCGCAAACCCGCCACAGCCACAACCACCCUCACCACCUCCACCAUCACGACCGCUCCGACAAAGUCCCCAACCAAGCACUGCCGCCACUGGCGCAACUACGGCGUCUGCAAAUGGGGCCUGCAAUGCCGGUACCUACACACCAUGCCGCCCACCCCCACCCUCACCCCUACGGCGGAAGCGGAGAAGCUGGGGCCGGCGGAUGUGGAUGUGGAUGUGGAUGUGGAUGUGGAUCUGGAUGUGGAUGUGGAUGUGGAUCUGGAUGUGGAUGUGGAUGUGCCUAGCUGGUGGGCGCGGCUUAUGAUGAGCGACGCCGCCGCGGCUCCUGCUAGUGGUAGUAGUAGUGGCUUCCCUCCUUCCUCCAGCUCUGCUUCUGCUGACCAUGACACCGCCAUCAACUCUAUCACCAGCAGUAGCAGCGGUUUGAACAGAACUGAUGGUAAUGGUAAUCCGGUCUUUGACACGGACACGAGGGGAGACGUCAGGUGUGCGGAGGCGGCGCAGCAGCAGCAGCAGCAGCAGCAGCAGGGGGGUGUGAUGGAGAUGGGCAUCUCGAAGGGGGUGGGAGCCAGUGGUAGUGGUGCUGGUGCUGGUGCUGGUGCUGGUGCUGGUGCUGGUGCUGGUGCUGGUGCUGGUGCUGGUGCUGGUGCUGGUGCUGGUGCUGCUUCUCGGGGUAGUGGAAGUGGAAGUGGAAGUGCAAGUGGAACCGCAAUUGGAAAGAAAGAGUCUCAGCGGGUGCGGGAGGCUGCUGUUGCGAUGCUGCGCGAGAUGGGGUUGGGGCCAUUGAUGCCGCCGGGCGGCUUGCAUACUAGUACCGGGCAGUACUACCACCACCAUCACCAUCAGCAGCAGCAGCAGCCGCACGGCAGGCAGCAGCGGUACCAUCACAAUCACCACAACCACCACCACCACCAACGACAACGACAACCACAACCACAACAGCAGAGGAGUGGCAAAUCAGUGCCGCGCAGGGCGCGAGAGAAGGAGAUGACACCCUUGUGUAAGGGGGUCGUUGGGCGGGUAGGGAAUGGGCUGGGAAAGGACAAGGUGGUGAGCGGAACGGCUGUUAGGAAUGCUGCUGCCGGUGGCUGUGGCGGUGCUGAUCUGGUACAAGCGGCCGGGGCAACUCAGAUGGUGGGUGCCAUGGCGGCGGUUGAGGAGGGGUGCGCGCAGCUGGCGGUUCAGGAGGAAAGGGCUCGGAUACGAAGGGGUGCGAUGGCUGCCGUGCGGAACGAUGCAGUUGCUAGGAAGAUUGAGAAACUCGUUGAUAUUUAAGUCGUUGCCAGGCUAGGACAACCUCCAUGGGGUUAGGGGAAAUGGGCCCCCGUUUUGCUUUACGGAGGGAAUACCAGCUUACCUGGCUUCCAAUAUCCG